AUGGUCAGCGAAUUUGCUGUGGAAGAAACCCAAAAGGGAUUUGAACUGGCCAGGAUAAUCGACUUCCAAGUCACUGGCUCAUUUUUCGGAUGUGCUGCCGAGGAUCUGACUCGUUUACUGAUUACAACGCUGAGUGGACACGACCGGCGGAAGAAUUGGGAAAAUCUGCUGAAAGAGUUCUAUGGAUAUCUUACGACGUACUGUAAGAAAACGGAGCUGCCCUACUCUCUCGAGCAACUGAAAGAAGCGUAUCGUCGAUUUUUCCCAUUUGCUGGAACUAUUCUGCUACCAAUCAUUGACUCCGUGGCCAAGAUCGGUGCCAGGAAAAUUGCCGACAAUGAGCAGGUCGCCAUACAAGAAACGUUAGGAGAAAAGACACAAGCGCUUUUCGAAGGACUUGUUGUACUUCGCGAAAAGGAAUCGUGA